CUAGCCCCCUCUCCUCACCCCCGUUGGUCGUUGCACAUGUGAGUGACCCCCCUCCCCUCCCCUCCCCACCAUUUCCGCAGCACAUCCACAACUCGCGCGGUCGGCCACCAGAGCAGCACGCCACCAGGCCAGUCCAACCUCUCCACCAAGGAACCAAGAACCACCCUGCGACCGACCGGCCAUCAUGCCAAGAGUCGUCGUCGGCGGUGGCAAGGUCGCCACCUACAAGGGCGGCAUCAAGGGCUACUGGAAGCGGCGCGGCUACGACCGGCUCGACGCGGCCGCGGCGCAGCCCCGCCCGCGCCUCCCGACCGCGGAGCUCGGUGGCGGCGGCGAGGGCGAGGGCGAGGCGCAGCCUCAGCCGCAGCGGCACCGUCGCCGCGGGUGGCGCGUUCGCCGCCGGCGCGCGGGCGUCCUGGGCCGGCGCCUCCUGCGCGCGCUCUCGCCGCUCCGGCUGCUGGCGCGGCUCCGCGACGCCUACGUGAACGCCAUGCUCCGCCUCGCGUCCUCCGCCGCCGUGGUCGGCUACGGCGCCUCCACGGGGCCGUACUGCACCGCGGCCGCCGACCCGUUCAACCGGCCGCGCCCGCUCACCAGGGACUACGACGAGAAGGCGCUCGUCGAGAUCUACAGGUCCAUCCUCGCGCGCGGCGGCGAGGCCGGGCCGGUGCCGGUGCUCGCCGCCGCGCGGCUGCCCGCGGCGGUCUGAAGUCUCAACUGAUGACGACGGGGCCGGGCCGGCCGCCGGUGAUCGAUGCCGGUCGGUACGCGCGCGGGAGGGGAGCUUGCCACGCUCUGCCUGCCUACUCUUCUUGCCUCAUGCAAGACUCGUGUACGCUAGAAUUUCGCUUUCAUAUACUGUAUGUUGCACAGAGAACUUGCAUGUCAAAUGAAAGUUUCAUUUCAUGUCAUUAUUAUUGCAGUACCAAAUGUACUUUGAACCUGCGAAUUGUUCCCAAGAAUUUGGAACGAACUUGUGUAGGUGAAUGCGGAAUUCACAUGAUCCUGUGAGAAUCGUUCUCAGUUAUUAGGUUAUAUUCGAAAAUAUAUAUAUACGCCAACACUGGUAUUUUCAGUGCA